UCCCCGUUUAUCCACAGCUGUUGCAACAUGUCCAGUAGGAUUUUAUACAAAUGACGCCUUUAAGACAUUUAUUUUAAGGCAUUUAAAACGGGAUUUACCUGUGUUUUAAUGCAAUAGUUAAACUUGGUGAACACUCGACCGCUUCGGUUGGUCGCUUGAGCUGGAUUUUCCACAUACAGUAAUAAUGUUCUGCAGAAACCAAAGCUCCAGAGCCACAGUGGCCCGCGGAUCCGCGAUGGAGAUGGAGGUGAAGAGAGGUCGAUUCCGGCUCAGCGUGUUGGAGGAUUCGGCACAGGACAGUGAGGUUCAACAGCGGAUCGAAAGGGAGGUGCGGAUCCGGGAAGGGGCCUGUAAGCUGUUGGCUGCAUGUUCUCAGAGAGAUCAGGCUCUGGAAGCUUCCAAGACUCUCCUGACGUCCAACAGCCGCAUUCUGGCCCUCAUGACGAGACUGCAGCGCAUGAAGGAGGAGCAGGCCAUGCUGAGAGCCGGACGCAGGUCAUCUGAUGGAGGCUGUGUUGAUGAGCGAUUACCUUGUACUGCAAAAUUGGCCAUUUCAGAUAUUCGGAUUCCUCUCAUGUGGAAAGACUCUGAAUAUUUCAAAAAUAAAGGAGAGCUGCACCGUUGUGCUGUGUUCUGUCUGCUGCAGGUCGGGACUGAGAUUUAUGAUACAGAGCUUGUAAUAGUGGACCGGACACUCACAGAUGUCUGUUUUGAAGAACCAGUCAUAUUCUCUGAUGCACCUCCAGUCUUCAGCCUGCGGGUGGAGCUCUACAGCUGCUGUGUGGAGGAAGACUUCAAUGUGGGUUUCUCCUCUCGAAGGCUCAGCCGGUUGGGAAGCUCAAGCUCCUCCACUAAGAGGCUCUCUUCAGCUUCCAGCAGCACAUCUGGAUCAGCAGGAGGCAGCAGUUCACCUGGAGGAGAAUCUCCGGUUCUGCCGCCUGCGCUCUCUCUGCGGGGUCCAAAAUAUCACCUUCUGGCCCACACGAGUCUGAGCCUGAGCCACGUGCAGAGCUCUUUUAGAACACAUGACCUGACAAUAGCAGACACUGAGGAGUCUUCAUUCUGGUUGCCGCUCUAUGGUAAUAUGUGCUGUCGUCUGGUUGCUCAGCCUCUCUGUAUGACUCAAAAUGUCAUGUGCGGAAAGCUCAGAAUUCGGUCAGAAAGCAAUCCUGAUGACUGGAGAGAUGUCUACGGUGUCCUGAGUGGGUCAUUUUUAAAGUGUUACCAGCAGCAAGAAGAUACAGACUCUUUAGAGACGCCUGUGUUUACUAUUCCCAUUAAUAAGGAAACCCGUGUGCGUGCCACUGAGAGAGACCCGGCUCUGCAUGCUCAGAGUAUUUCCAUAACCAGCCAGUGCGAUGGUGAAACCACAUACACUAUUCUCACAGCCACAUCUGAAGACACGCAUAACUGGAUGGAAGCCUUCUGGCAGCAUUUUUACGACAUGAGUCAGUGGAAGCAGUGCUGUGAGGAACUCAUGAAGAUUGAGGAACCGUCGGCAAGAAAAACAGUGUCAGUGACGUUAAAACAAGGCUCUCUGUUUCAUGAAAUGGUUUCACCAUCAUCAUCAUCAUCAUCGUCAUCCUCCCAGUCCAGAAACCCUCUGCUGCCCCUGAACAGACCAGUUUCUUCCGAAAUCCAGAGUCUGCUGUCCACCUAUUAUAAUGACAGGUGA